CUUAGACAAAUCUGAAAAGCUUCAUAAACACUUAAACCCUCACACGACCUUCCUUUAGCACCCUGAAGGCUAUAACUUUCUGGUAAUCCUUCUGAAUAUUUUCCUGGUAGAAGGUUAAAUUUCCACGAACAGCAACCAAGCCAUGCGCACCUCACUCCGGCGCAGCCAACAGUUGCUGCAAACGUCCUCGCUAUCAACUCGGCGCAACCUCACCACACCUCACCCUCGAGAGCUUCCAGCUCCAAGACAAGUCUGCCAAGCAUGUCAUAGACCACUGCUAUCCUCCCCAAAAGCCCAACAACCGCAACGAGAACGCCGACUCAAGUCCUCCUCAUCCGCCACCACGGCCUCCCAAACAACACCUCAGUCCGAAUCCACCACUUCCCCAAUACCCAAAACACACUAUGACCUCUUCCCCCAAACCCUAUCUCAAGGCCCUCCGCCCUCAGGACCAUUCGCAAUUGACCUUCGAGCCUUGAGGAAAGAAUUCCUCCAACUCCAAUCAAAAUCCCAUCCCGACCUCUUCCCACCACACCUCAAAACCCGCGCUGAAGCGACCUCCUCCCUAAUAAACACCGCAUACAAGACCCUCCAAUCGCCGCUCCUACGGGCCCAAUAUCUGCUGUCUCUGCAAGGGAUCGAGACAGCGGACGACGAGACGGCGAAGGUCGAGGAUGCGGAGCUGUUGAUGGAGGUUAUGGAGGCGAGGGAGGCGGUUGAGAGUGCGGAGGAGGAAGAGGAGUUGGUGGCAGUGAGAGAGGAGAACGAGGAGAGGGUGAGAGACACGGAGGAGCGGUUGGGGGAGAGGUUUGAGCAGGGGGAUUGGGAGGGGGCGAGGGGUGAGGCGGUUAGGUUAAGGUAUUGGGUUAAUGUUAGGGAGAGUAUUCAUGGGUGGGAGCAGGGGAAG